AUGGAGACGGUGAAAGAAAUUCAUAGCACUUGUCAGCUGUCCGUUAAAUACGUGUUUCGUCUGAUUCAGACUAAGGCUAACUUGCGCUUUUUGCAUCAGGAAAUGAACGAGAAGGAAAAGAAUAGGAAAAAGGAGAUCAAAAUGAGGAUACGGAGACAGAAAGGAAAAGGAGAAAAAGCAGAAGGAGAAGACGAAGGAAAAAGGGAAGGAGAAGAUGAGAACGACGAGACAGGCGAAGAAUUAGACGAAGAUGAAGAAAGUUUAGCUACGCGUCGUUCAGGUCGCUCACAGUAA